AUGCACGCCCUCACCGGCUUCUCACUAGUCAGCCUGCUCAGCUUUGGCUACUUGUCCUGGGACUGGACCAAACCGAGCCUAGUGUCCGAUGAGCCCGGGGAGGCUGGCUCAGAGCAGCCAUCGACUGCAUCACCCCAACCUCCCCACAUCAUCUUCAUCCUCACGGACGACCAGGGCUUCCACGACGUGGGCUACCACGGGUCAGAAAUCGAGACCCCUACGCUGGACCGGCUGGCAGCGGAAGGCGUCAAGUUGGAGAAUUACUAUAUCCAGCCCAUCUGCACACCUUCCCGGAGCCAGCUCCUCACCGGCAGGUAUCAGAUCCACACGGGGCUCCAGCACUCCAUCAUCCGACCCCGGCAGCCCAACUGCCUGCCCCUGGGGCUGGUGACACUGCCCCAGAAGCUGCAGGAGGCGGGGUACUCCACCCACAUGGUGGGCAAGUGGCACCUGGGCUUCUACCGGAAGGAGUGCCUGCCCACCCGCCGCGGCUUCGACACCUUCCUGGGCUCGCUCACAGGGAAUGUGGACUACUACAGCUACGACAACUGCGACGGCCCCGGGGUGUGCGGCUUUGACCUGCACGAGGGGGAGAGUGUGGCCUGGGAGCUCAGUGGCCAGUACUCCACGCUGCUGUACGCACAGCGGGUCAGCCACAUCCUGGCCAGCCACGAUCCCCGCAGGCCCCUCUUCCUCUAUGUGGCCUUCCAGGCGGUGCACACGCCGCUGCAGUCCCCGCGGGAGUACCUCUACCGCUACCGCGCCAUGGGCAACGUGGCCCGGCGCAAGUACGCGGCCAUGGUGACGUGCAUGGACGAGGCCGUGCGCAACAUCACCGGGGCCCUCAAGCGCUACGGCUUCUACAAUAACAGCCGCUACGGCUUCUACAAUAACAGCGUCAUCAUCUUCUCCAGCGACAACGGCGGCCAGACCUUCUCAGGGGGCAGCAACUGGCCGCUCCGCGGACGCAAGGGCACUUACUGGGAAGGCGGCGUGCGCGGCCUCGGCUUCGUCCACAGCCCCCUGCUCAAGCGGAAGCGAAGGACGAGCCGCGCCCUGGUGCACAUCACCGACUGGUACCCCACCCUGGUGGGGCUGGCGGGUGGCACCACGUCGGCGGCCGACGGGCUGGAUGGCUACGACGUGUGGCCGGCCAUCAGCGAGGGCCGGGCCUCCCCGCGGACGGAGAUCCUGCACAACAUUGACCCGCUCUACAACCACGCCCCGCGAGGCUCGCUGGAGGGCGGCUUCGGCAUCUGGAACACAGCCGUGCAGGCCGCCAUCCGCGUGGGAGAGUGGAAGCUGCUGACCGGGGACCCCGGCUACGGAGACUGGAUCCCGCCGCAGACCCUCGCCACCUUCCCCGGCAGCUGGUGGAACUUGGAGCGGAUGGCCAGCGCCCGCCAGGCCGUGUGGCUCUUCAACAUCAGCGCUGACCCCUACGAGCGGGACGAUCUGGCAGAGCGGAGGCCGGACGUGGUCCGCGCCCUGCUGGCCCGCCUGGCGGACUAUAACCGCACGGCAGUCCCCGUGCGCUACCCGGCAGCGAAUCCCCGGGCCCACCCGGACUUCAAUGGGGGAGCCUGGGGUCCCUGGGCCAGUGAGGAAGAGGAGGAGGAGGAGGACCCGGAGGAGCAGGAAGAGGACGGCAGGGCUCGGGGCUUCUCCUGGGGUCGCCGCAAGAAGAAAUGCAAGAUUUGCAAGCUGCGAUCCUUUUUCAGGAAACUCAACACCAGGCUGAUGUCGCACCGGAUCUGAUGAGCGUCCUGGACCAUCUACCUCCACACAUGAGGGCUCUUGGACGGGGCGGGGGACUCAGACGGCUUGUGGUAGAGAGGAGAAGACGUUGUCCCUGUGACCCAGUCAGCCUGUACAAGCCCCCCAGCCUCUGCUUCCUCGCUGUGAAGUGGGUGCUGAGGACUAGGUGACUCUGGGGUUCCUCACCCUGCCCUCCUUGACCUUCUGGCCCUGGAACCUUGCACUCUGUGCAAUUGCUGAGUGGAGAAGGGCUCAGAGCUCCAGGCCUGUGGGUGGAGGACAGCCGCCCUUGAGGGCACUCCCUUGAGCAGGGAAGGGACCUUGCUGGGGCAGAUUUGAGGCUGGACUGAUGGUGGGAACUGUGGGAGAGAGUGCCCCGUCCCCCACCCCUGAACCCAAAGGAACUGGCUCCCUAUGAGCUGUUGAAGGCCCCAGGGCUGUAGAAAGAGGUAGGGGAUGAGCCCCGGAGUGAACAGGCUUCCCAUGUUCGCCUUGGAGUCCCCCCUCCCCAUCCUCUCUCUGAAUGGGGUGCCAGCGCCAGCUCUGCUGAGGAUGGGCUGAGGGCACGGCUGUGGAGGAGCCUGUGAGCCUGAUUAAA